GGAUGGGGUCAAUGAAUUAUUUGAUCAGCUGAUAAGACAUAAGUACAACAUCCCCCUGUUCAUCUUCUCUGCUGGCGUCGGUGACAUUCUCGAAGAGAUUAUCCGUCAGGCCAACGUCUUCUACUCAAAUGUCAACGUGGUGUCCAACUACAUGGACUUUGACGACAAUGGAGUCCUCACGCGUUUCAAGGGACCUCUCAUCCACAUCUACAACAAGAACAACAGCGUCCUGCAGGGCACAGAGUACUUCCAGCAGCUGAGCACCAGGACGAGCAUCAUCUUGCUGGGGGACUCCAUGGGUGAUCUGACGAUGGCAGACGGCAUUCCCAGCGUGGAGAACAUCCUCAAGAUUGGCUUUCUCAAUGACAAGGUAGAAGAGCGGAGGGGGAAGGACCUGGAUGCCGACGACAUCGUGCUGGAGAGCGAUGAGACGCUGGAUGUGGUCAACGGGAUUCUCCGGUACAUCCUUAUCGAGAU